AUGCUUAAACAAUCAAAAGCGCGAGAAUUAGAGAAUAAUCCCAUCGUCGUCAAUGUCGGCACUGAGGAGGCUCCGGAGGACUACAUGCUCAAACCCAGGAAAAUUAGUGAUGGGCCCACCAACACCGAUUUAUCCAAAUUAAUUCGAUUGUUAAAAACGGACGAUGACUGGCACAAUCUCAUUUCGUUUUUCACUGGGCUCCAUUCUUCGAAGCGCACGAUUAGCGCGGCUAACUUGGAGAUCAUCAUGCGCAAGUCGGGCGAGCUAGGAAUGGAAUCAUAUUGUCUGUUCGCCGCGACACAGUCACAGCAGACCGGCGUCUUCCUGCGCAACCCAGAUGUGGCUUGGUCCCUCCUAUUCGCAUUACGACAGAAAGCAGAAAAGGCCGGUUUCAAGGGUCCCGAUGCUCACCUCGCGCUUCAGCAGGUAGAGGUUGUUGCACGACUACUGAACUCCCCAGAGCAUACGAACGAAUACGCCAAACGGGACCCAAAGAGGCAGCCGAACGUUAUCGGUAUACUACUCGAGCUCAAGGCGACUCACGCACUUGACGCCUUCAAUGGGCGUGACGAGGACAAGGGAGUUUGGUCUUAUGCGGAUAAGCUAGUUCGGACUUGGCCUCUGGAGGAAGUCGGCGUCUCACCGCUGUGGACAAAGGCAAACUGGCGACUACGCAAAUAUGUCCCUAUGUGGAACGGAAUCAACAUGGCACUGCAGGUGGAAGGGAUAAAAUCUGCCCCCGCCUUCCGAGAAGCUUUGGAGAAAUGUAGGGACGAAUUGGCGGAAACCAUUGACGGGAACAUGGAAGUGGUAGGAAAAUAUCGAGACCAAGUUACGAAGACGGUUGCGUGGACCAAGACGCUGUAUAAAUAG